CAGAGAGGUCAAGCAACUUGCUCAAGUGGCACAGCUGGAGAGAGGGGAGCUGGGGCUUGAGCCGAGGUAGCGUGUCCCCAACACCUAAAGCUAAACUCCAUUCUGUGCUGCCCUUUGGAACACCCACUCCAUGGCCUUCACACUCCACGUCCUACUCGGGAGGGCAUGUGAUCUCAACAGCACUCACAAAUGAAGGCUUUCCAGACAGGAUAUUGAAGAUGGGAGGUGUGAGCUGGGGGAGAGAGCUGACUAAGAAGAAGACACUUCCCAGAAAGGUGGCCUGCCAGUCUUCACAAUGUAUGGGAGCAGGUGGGAAAAGAGCUGCAGGUGUUUGCAUUUCAUCACUGAAAUUGUUGAAACUGCUGAUCAGGAAACACAGAACUAGUUUAACCAGCCAAGUCAACUUCUGCAAGAUGGACUCCAGCUUGGGAGCCCUGUAUGGAGUAAAUAAGAUAUUCCAGACAUCAAAGCACUCGAUAAGGCACUGUAGAAAUGACAACGAGGUAAAAGCCCACAGUGAUGGUGGUGGUGAGAAAGCAGGGCACCACAGAACAUGGCUUGGUUCUAGAGUGGUCUGUGCAGGGUUAUGCUGAAGCUUCUCUCUUGGCUUGUCCUCUCCUCCUUGGUGUGUGUCCUCCCGGCCCCAGAGUCCUGGCAUCUUACCUUCUUCCUCCUCCUGCCAGUGACAUAGCUGUCUUGAAGCUGCUGCCUGCCAGCUCGUCCACUGGCUAACCUCUGCUCCUUCUCUAGCUCCUCCUGGGGAGCAAGGGAGCAGGCAGCUGUGGGGGCAGAGGGCAGCCCGAUGGUCUGAAAUCAGGACUGAAAAGCACAUGUGUACAGCUUGCCAGCCAGAAUAACAAACCUCUUUUUGUGCAGUUUCUUCAAUUCUGGACACUUUCUCCCACCAUCUCUCUCUUCUCUUCUUUACUCACAUCCUGCCCCACCCCCAGCAGCACAGCCACCCAUACAACAUACCCCCAGUUUCUGAGCAGAGGACAUGAAAUUAAUCUCCAGGGUAGGAAAAGGAAGUGUAUAUUUAGAACUGGUAUGAUUUAGGAAAGGGAAAAUGUCAUUGGAAAGAAGCACAACCUUGAGCUAUCUGCCUGUUUUACGGACAUGAAGACCAAAGUUUUUAGAAUGAAGGACAGUCAUUUUCAUUGGAAAAUAUAAUGUGCCAUAAUAUGUCGAUGUCAGAGACUUUAUUUAUUCACAGCGCCACUAUCAAAAAUGUCAGGUUUCUCAACCUUAGCAUAUUGACAUUUUGGGCUGGAUAUUUCUCUGCUGCGUGUUGGAGGGUGGGGGGUGGCUGUUCGGUGCAUCGUAGGAUGUUCAGCAGCAUCCCUGGU